AAUAUAUUCUGAUUGGUCUCCAUUUGUUAUAAAAUAGCCACAGGACUUACUAUUUGAUUAACACACUGCAUUGCUUACUGUGAACCUACAACAAGCUGUCAUGAUGCCCCGUACCCUGUUCGCGUUGUUGGUUGUGAUCGUAGUUGUCAACGGAAAAGAUCCGUGUAUAUGUACUGCUGAAUACGACCCAUGGUGUGGAGAGGAAGGGGGGACAUACAGCAACCUCUGUUGGCUCAAGUGUGCUGGAGACGAAAUAGAAGGGCAUGACACUUGUGAGAAUAUUGAGGAAUGCCUUAAAGCGUAUCCGGAACCACCUUCUGAAAACGAAGUUUGCGCCGAAUAUGGUAUUACAUUUGAUAGCAUCGAAGAGAUGGAAUGUCACAAUUUGAGUUUUGUGCAUGAUGGCGAGUGUGACGGAGAAGCGAGUACAACAGAUCAAUGAAACAUCACUAUGGUGACACAAGUGAACACAGGAAACUUGUGAUUACUACACAAAAUACAUCAGAGCGUCAAUCAUAUAAAUGCUAAUUGAAUGAUUAUUAUCUGAUUAAAGUAAUUUUAGAUCAUGGA